AUGACAAUAAAAACUACUGUAACAACAACUACUCAAUCAGAAAUUCAACUUCAACAACAACAGCAUGAACAACAACAACAACACAGAAUCCUGCGCACAUGGAUGAGUCAUAAACACGUGCUUCGUAGUAUGACAAGGUUCUUUUACACCAAUUGGCCGUUUCACUUCCCCUUCAAAAAUGCACAGCUGUGCAGUUCAUUUUGUGCUGCUUCGAGACAGCGAUGGUGGCAGAGCGGCUGUCCCGGCUCGUACAGCGCUCCGAAGGCAUCGCUGCAGCAGGACAGGAGGCCAGCGCAGGCAGGAGACGCGUCCCGGGGACCAGGAGGGACCAGCAGCACGGCCAUUGUUCGAGUUUCGGAGACAGUCCCCUAA